AUGGCAUAUUGCAACAAGCAAACUAAGGUUGGAGAGCUAAUCAACGUUCUGGAAAGCAAAGUUCAAGAACGGCGUUUUGAAACACCCACUGUUGGUAGGGACAGUGGAAAGCGAGACAUUGUCGGAGACUCUGAGCAAAGAGCCAUAGAGGAAGGUUGGGUUCGAAAUGGUCGGAAGCCGAAACGUGGCUUUUCAUCGACCAUGGAGAGCAUGGAGGGUAUGGAAAGCAAAGAUGUGAGAACACGAUCGACACGGCCUGUGGCGUUCUGA